AAAUAGCAGACAGUCUGAAGGAAAUAAACGUUCUAAAAAGUUCUUCAAUAUGGAGUCAGAUGCAGCAAUUGUCAGCUACAGUGAUGCUUCCAAUAUGUUGAAAAACAUGAACAAGGACUUGGAGAAGAUGCAGGAGGAGAUGGAAAAAAUAUCAGCUCAGGCAAUGUGGAUGACGUAUGACAUGGUAGUUAUACGCACCAAACCUGACCUGGCUGAUUCCCAGAAAAGACUGGAGGAGACCUUUCUGAAAUGCAAAGAAGACAUAGAAAAGAAAUGGCUAGAAAUGUUAGACAAACCCAAAGGAGACGCAUAAGCUUCUGUUUGGUGUUGGGAUGUGCCGAC